ACUAUCAUAGUUUCGACGAGUUGGGCUUGAAGGAUUGUAGUGAUCGAGAUCUUGUAAUAUCCAGAUUUGAAAGAAAACUGGAACCCAAACCUUUUUGUGUGGGAUUUUUCUGUGUGGGUGAUACCUUGUUUAUGGCUGGGGGCAUGAUUAAUAUUAGAGAUGAAGAAAAAGAUAGAGAAAAGUCUGAACCGACAAACUGUUUGUGGUCUGCAGUGCCACCAGCUGAUGGUUCUCUAUGUGAGUCUUGGACACUUUGCCCCGCUGCUAUGAAGGUAAAGCGUUCCCACCCCAUUCUAGUCCCGUUACAUGAUGGCAGGAUAUUCAUCUGCGGGGGCACAGCUGAACGAGAAGGUUGGGCUGAGUUGUACGACCCGGAGAAAGGAGAGUUGGAUGCUAAGAACUUGAGUGUUUCCAUGGGUGAGUAUCCCCGUCCACUCACUGCCUUUGAAUUGUAUGAUCCGGAGAACGGAGAGGACUUGCCUGUUCCCACUCCCAUGACUAUGUGUCCCUGUGCAAUCUCUUGCUUUCAGUGGACCGAUGAAGUUGUCAUGAUAUACUAUCACCACUUGCUUUAUGGCAGAGGAAUAGGAUGUGCCUUAGAUUGUAAACCAUCUCUCCUCUCUUACAACAUUGCUCAAGACAAAUGGGCUAUAUUUGCAGAAAACAUCCCUCCUCCGUUAUAUGGUCAUGACAUGGGAUAUAGGAACCUCGUAUAUGUGGGGGGCGACAUUCUAUUCAUUAUCGACUAUUCAUGUGUUUGGUUCGUGUACGAUCUAUCCUCCAAAAAGGAGGUGGGGGAAGUGUUCGUGAAGGCGAGGCCUAGGGAUCAGAAUGUGCAAGUGGUGGAAGCUUUCUAUACCGGCAACAAAGAUAUUAAAAGUAGUAGCUGGGGCUUCUACGUGUUCAUGCGUGUGGCUGGUAAUAACUACUGUGAUCUUGAAUAUGCCAAGGUUGAAGUCGUCCAAGGCAUGGGCGGGGAUUACCUUUCUAUAGUUCUAAUGAAGGGUGUCCUGAAAAUCGGUUUUUUUAGUGACAUUUAUAUAUUUUCCGAGAAGGACAAGAAAGGGAAAGAGAAGAUAGAGAUGAUAGACAAGUGAAUGAAAGAUGAUGUUGAAUGAGCUUUAUGCCUUUUGCUCAUUCAUUGCAUUCCAUUCACCCUUUUGUAGGAGUAUAUAUUGAAUUUUUAGAUUUUUUCCCCUUGAUCAUAACCCUCGCAACCUUUACUAUAUAGUAUCUACAAAUUCAUCUGUCCAUUUCUUGCUAAUUUUGUAGAGGCACGUUGUACCAAAAUUGAGGCCCUUCGAUUA